CGAAUACGCCUGCGCGGGACGUAAUUCACGGGCAGCACCUCCCCUUAAAGCAAAAAAAAAGCAAAGCAGUGGAGCUUUAUCUACAUCAACAGCGAGGUUGUAAAAAAAGAAAGUGAAGUUCACGCUGCGUGCUGUUUUCUUAGAUCUUGGAGCCUUGAUUUAAGAUACGUCCAUCAUUGAGCAAAUAACUCAAGAAAAACAGCUCUUGAUAAUCCUUCAGGUCUGUGGUAUUCAAGCAAAACAAAUUGGGAAGGUGUGUCUUGUUCUUAAGUUGACCGGAAGAUGUUCGGCUUCCACAAGCCCAAAAUGUAUCGGAGCCUGGACGGUUGUUGUAUCUGCCGGGCCAAGUCAUCAAGCUCGCGUUUCACUGAUAGCAAACGCUAUGAGAAGGACUUCCAGAGCUGCUUUGGGUUGAAUGAAGCCCGUUCGGGUGAAAUCUGCAAUGCCUGUGUCCUGUUGGUGAAACGGUGGAAGAAGCUCCCUGUUGGUUCCAAAAAAAACUGGAAUCAUGUGGUUGAUGUUCGAGCAGGACCAAGUUUAAAGACAGCAUUGAAGCCCAAAAAGGCAAAAUCUCUCACUGGGAACAGAAUCAAAGCCAGUCAAAUCAGCAAGAUCCAGAAAGAGCUCAAACGGCAGAACUCUGAUGCGCAUAGUACAACAUCCAGUAUGUCUCCAGCACAAUCCCCCUGCUACAGUAAUCACUCGGAUGAGGGUUCCGAUGCAGAGAUGGCGUCUGGAUCAAACAGGGUGCCUGUCUUCUCAUUCUUAGACCUCACUUACUGGAAAAGGCAGAAGGUUUGCUGUGGAAUCAUUUACAAGGGUCGGUUUGGGGAGGUGUUAAUUGACCCUCAGCUCUUCAAGCCCUGCUGUGCCAAUAAAAAGCGAGUGGUCCAAGCCCCAGAGGAACAGGUGGCUCAAUCUCCAUCCACCCCUAAAGAUGAUGAAUGGUGAACUGGCUCGUUCGGAGAGAGAGAGAGAGGGAGAGGUAGACUGAGUGGGGCAAAACACAUUGAAAAGAAUGUGUUGCCUGAGGGAUGAACUGAAUAGAGGGGGGAAAGAAACAAAAAAAAAAGGUGCAAACUGCGAUUGCUUUGCAAAUGAACUGACCUUCUCAAAAGACUGACUAUUUGCCUUUUUAUUGUACUCUGGGGUCAGUUGGUUUGACUUGUAAGUGAGAAAAGACUGUAAAUGUUGUAAUAUUUCAUGAGCUGCACGCAUAUUAAGUGGAGUGGAGCGCAGCAGUAAAGCGCUUUUAUUUAGGGUUUAUCUCAUGCAGUUAUCGACGGAGUUCUCUUCGCCCGUGCGGUGAGAAAAAUUGGGAAGAGUUUAGUGAGGGUUGUAAUAUAAGAUGUGACUAGCCCCCUUGUGUUUAGAAAGAAUUGGCUGUGUUGACUGUCUGUCUAUGUGCUGGCUGGCCUUCCCUUUCUGUGUUCUGUCCCAGUGUGAACUAUGCCUACUAAGACACAUUGACAAAACAAGGGCCCAGGAUGUGAUCCACUAUAUCCCUGUUGAGUUGAACAGUCAUAGCUUGUGGCCAUGACUGUUAGCUUCCAAUGAUCCCAUAGGUUGGAAGAGAAAACAAUGAAGCCAGAGGAUGAUGGGGCUCCUGGUUGUAACAUUCCACCCUCCCCACCCCAGUCUACAGAGUUUGCCUAACCCUUGUGGAUGAAGCUGGGCAGGUUAAUGUGGUGCGGAGCCCAGUUAUCAGAGUCGUGAAAAUUGGAGGAAAAGAUGAGCAACGUUUUGAAGAAUUGGCCUGGCCUGUUCUAAAGUGCCAGUAUGUAGCAAAGCAGAACCAGGGGAAAAAAAGACUUGUGGCUUGUUCACAUGACGUAGAAUGGCUGUUUAUGGUACACCUGUCGGCCACAAAGGAAAGACUUUCUUGUUGCAUGUUUACUGCCCAUUUUGAUGUGUGUUGUUGAGCGGGCUUUGCCAUUGCUGCAAACCGGCAAGCAGAUCGCCCAGCGAUUUUUCUGGGGUCCUGGGUUAGACCUAUUGUCCUGCAACCUUACCAUCCCUCUCCUCUUGGUAUCGAAGGUGAAUCCUCGGCCAUGUUGGCAAACCUGGGAAAGGGUGGGUGUGAUGCCUCAGUCUUUCCUUAGUCUAACCCCACCAGCUAUUGAAACAGAAAUAACAAGGUGUAGAGCUGGAUGAACACAG